AUUCACAAGCCAGAAACUGCAGGGAGAGAGGAGCAGGGAGACAGAAAAAGAGAGUGAGGGGACAGCAGGAAGCAAGGAAAAGAGGACAGCUGCCCGAGGAGGGAAGCAGGAGAACAGAGAAAGAGGCAGAAGGGAGAGGCAGAAACAGUCUUGGGUCAAAAGAGGAAGACCGAGGAGCAGACAGGCUACAAAAUGACAUUGCUCCUGUGGCUGUCAUCUUACUGGAGCAACAUCUCUGUGCUGGGAAUUUUCCUUACCAUCUUUACCUUGCUUCUUGAUUUCAUGAAGCGCAGAAAGAAGUGGAGGCAUUACCCGCCAGGCCCGAUGUCGCUGCCAUUCAUCGGGACCAUGCUGUACAUCGACUUCCACAACCCGCACCUCUCCUUCAACAAGUUUCAGAAGAAGUUCGGAAACAUCUUCAGCCUCCAGAACUGCUGGACCAACCUGGUAGUGCUGAAUGGGUACAAAACUGUGAAGGAAGCCCUGGUUCACAAAUCAGAUGACUUUGCUGACCGGCCGUACUUCCCAAUGUAUGAACAUGUGGGCUACAGAGAUAAAUCUGAAGGGAUUGUUGUAGCAAGAUAUGGGCACGUCUGGAGGGAGAUAAGGAAAUUCACACUCUCUACCUUGAGGGACUUUGGAAUGGGAAAGAAAUCCUUGGAGGAGCGAGUGACUGAGGAAGCAGGAUUCCUGUGCUCUGCAAUCAAAGCAGAAGAAGGUCGUCCUUUCGAUUUACGUUUUCUCGUAAACAAUGCAGUCUGCAACAUGAUCUGCACCAUCAUCUAUGGAGAGCGUUUUGACUACGGUGAUGAGGUGUUCAGGAAAAUGGUAGCUUUGUUUGAAAACUCCCUGAGUGAAGAAGCUGGAUUCCUGACUCAGCUUCUUAACGUGAUGCCCAUUUUGUUGCGCAUCCCUGGACUGCCGCAGAAAGUCUUUCGAGGGCAAAAGGCAUACAUGGACUUCAUAGACGUUCUCAUACAAAAGCACAUGGAGACCUGGAACCCUGAAUACACCCGUGAUUUCACUGAUGCAUUUUUAAAGGAAAUGUCAAAGGGUAAGGAGGCUGAAGAGAAUGGUUUCAAUUACAAUAACCUUCGUCUGGUGACCGCAGACUUGUUUGCAGCUGGUUCUGACACCACCUCCACCACCCUCCGGUGGGCAUUUCUGUACAUGCUUUUGCACCCAGAAACACAGAGUAAAAUCCACAAAGAGAUUGAUAUGGUGAUUGGAAGAGAGAGGUCACCCACCAUGAUGGACCAAGUGAACAUGCCCUACACCAAUGCCGUGAUCCAUGAGGCACAGCGCUGUGGGGACAUCACUCCUGUUGGGCUACCUCACAUGACAUACCGGGACACCGAGCUUCAAGGUUACUUCAUUCCCAAGGGGACAACAGUCAUCACCAACUUGUCUUCCGUGCUGAAGGAUGAGUCAGUCUGGAAGAAGCCAAAUGAGUUUUACCCCGAACACUUCCUGGACGUGAACGGGCAGUUUGUGAAGCCGGAGGCCUUCAUGCCUUUCUCAGCAGGUCGACGUGUCUGCCUGGGAGCACAGCUGGCCAGGAUGGAGCUCUUCAUCUUCUUCACCACUCUCCUGCAGAAAUUCACCUUCAUGCUCCCCGAGGAUCAGCCCAGGCCACGGAAGGAUGGCCACUUUGCCCUCAUAAACUCCCCAUACCCAUUCAAGCUGCGAGCUAUCCCAAGAUAAGUGCACACCGUUCCCCUUUCACUCAGAGACCACUGCAAACACUGUCAGAAAUGUUGCAGGUCUAGGCAGGAUGAUGCCAAGUUCCACUUAAGACCACCUAAAUCUGUGCAGAUGUCCCUAGCAGUGUAAAGAAGGCUGUAGCCCAAUAAUAUAGCUUAGCUUAAUUCCAGUCUUGGAUCCUGAAUCACACAGCCAUAGCAUGUUACAGGUGAUGGUCAUAUUUGCGAGUACAUGUAUAACCAAUAAACCAGUUCUGCUGU